AUGAUAAGUGAAUUUUCCUACCUAAAUAUCUCCAGUAUUGGGCGGAAUCUUAUUCAAGACGAAAACGAUUGUGGCUACGCCUGUCUAGAAAUUCCUUCAUGUUUUUCCUACAAUGUGGCCGCCUUCCCUGAUGUCAACGGCAAACUUCUUUGCGAACUCCUGCCCUCGGACAAGUUUAACAACUCGGACAAGUUCAACGCUAGCAAAGAGUUUCAUCACUUUUAUAUUCCGGUAAGUCAAACUUCUAAUUUAUCAAAAAUCUUCCUUCUGAAUGGAAAAUAAAAAGCUUCUUCUUGUUUGUCUUUGUUUGUUUGUUUUGCUUUGUUUUUUCUUUUGACUCUCCCUAGUUUCGAAAGUUAGCAUUUGUAAAUAAAAAUGUAUCUCUCGCUUGGAAAACCUUGAAUGCAGUGGAUUACGUUGUGCUUUAAAUGCAAAGGAAUUGACUAACGAGUUUGGCAAGCCUAAAAAGGGUUACAACUGAGUUAAACCUUUCAACUCUUAAUUAAAUCAUCUGCCGAUGCCCAAACACGCUGCGUGAUGAAAUCGAUAUAUUUAUCUUCGAAUGUCGUUUAUGAGGGAGGCCUUAUGAGACAGAGCUCUCAACUGAAAUAUUUGGCUACAAAAAGCGUUUCGUUCGCAAAACACACAUUGUCAUACCAUAAAUUUUCCUUAAUAUUUGUUUGCAUAUUUGGCUUUUGUUAAAAGUUACAGAAACGUUUUAAUACUCCUAUUAUAGCCUGAUCUGCUGCCAGUUAGAGUAUAUCACCUCAACUUCUUGAAAUUUGGUAAUGAGUGAAAUUAACCGAGUAAAUUGCCUUGUUGAAACAAUUUUUUUUCUAUCUAGUUCUUCGUUCUUUUUCACGUAAGCUGUUAUGGCCUCCUAUAAUGUUUGCCUGUUUCAAUGAGAUAUUGCCAUAGCAACGCACAUUUAAAAAUAGAACUGCCACCUGUAACCAUUAAACCGUUCGUGUUUCGUUCGACGUCCCUACUCUGAGAUCCUGGUUGGUACGUAUACGCGUAAGUUCAACAUGGAUGAUUAAAAACAAGCCUAAAAUUUCGAAUUUAUUAGGUUUACACAAAAUCUAGUCAUUCGUAGGUUUCUUGAUGAGUUAGUACACAACUUACAACUUCUCCUCGUACUUUUUUUUCCUUUAAAAAGUUUAUUGGCUGCAAAUCUUCUCCUCAUUGAUAAGGAUGUUAACAUUCACAUAAAAGGGAUAACGUCGUGCUAGAGAAACUGUGAUCAGCCGCCUUAAAAGCUAACUGAAAGUCAGGAGGAAAGAAUUGUACGUUUUAAAAUUCUUUAUAGAAUGCAAGGAGAUGCAAUUUAAUUGGACAAGGAAAUCCACAAAGUGUAAGGAAUAUGAGAUGAAAUUUCAUUAGAAUUCAUAGCAGAACGCAAAAAAUGCAUUUAAAAGAUACCCUGACCAGCUAGGAAAGAAGGCAAACGUUGGUUCUUCAAGCCAUCGCGAGGCCACUCAUAUCUGCAGCCUGUUCAUCCGACAAAGGCUGCGACCACAAGCAACUAGCUUAGAGGACAGUGCGUGAACUCACUCACUGCGGCAAAACCAGCCGCGUUCCAGACAAUUUGAUGACCGAGCGAGUUAAAUUUAUUAAAUUACAUGAGCUUAUUGCAUGCCAACUGCAGGGAAUUUUAGUUUGUAACGGCGCUAAAUGUGAAAUUCGUAUCUUAGAGCAUCUGCGAUUGUUUUACAUGUCGAGCAAAGUAGAAUCCUGAUGAAUUUUUGAAAGUGUUAACCGCUAAGUUCAUGUUUUAUUUAUUCAUUUAUUUUUCAUUCAGUCAGUCUGUUCGCUUAGACACAGAUAUGACUAAUGACAGUUCUGCUGGACUGAAAAGUGGAAUUUGCCGUAAAUUCAGCAUCUUUGGAAUAUGGAUAAAUGUUAUAUGUAACGUUACUGGAUAUUUUAACUUUGACAUAAAAUGGUCUUUACUUACAGCCGUAUCCUUUCCUUUGUGUAGUCUCCCUGUGAUAGUUCGCCCUGUAAGAACACUGGAAAAUGCAUUUCGUUGUACCAGGAAAAUGGAUAUAAGUGUAUCUGCGUGAAAGGAUUCACCGGAAAAGACUGCGAAACGAGUAAGAAAUACUGA